AUGUCUACGAGCCGGAGCAGCGACCCGAAAUGCACGGCGGAUCUGGGAGCUCAGUAUAUCACGCAGGAGCCCGAAUAUGCCCGGAAACAUCACAGCUUUUAUGAAGAACUGUUGUCCCAUGGAGUGCUGAAGCCAAUGACAGCUACAGUGGAAGGAAUGGCAGUAAAGGAAGGAGUGGAGAAUUUUGUAACGCCUCAGGGAAUUUCAUCCAUUGUCAAGCAUUAUUUAAACGAGUCAGGUGCCGAGAUCUUCUUUGAGCACCGUGUUAUGCAGAUCUGUCUCAAGGAUGGGAAGUGGGAAGUUCGCAACAACACAGGCCUCUUGGAACAGUUUGAUAUUGUUAUUCUCACCAUUCCCGUUCCGCAAAUUCUUCAGCUUCAAGGGGACAUUGCAAACAUAAUUAACAGAAGUCAAAGGCAGCAACUGGAAUCCGUGAACUACUCCUCUCGCUUUGCUCUGGGCCUUUUUUAUGAAGCUGGCACACAGAUUGAUGUCCCUUGGGCAGCACAGUACAUCUCCAGUAAUCCCUGCAUACGCUUCAUCUCCAUCGAUAAUAAGAAGCGCAAUAUAGAAUCAUCAGACACUGGGCCAUCUGUCGUUGUCCACACUAGUGUGUCCUUUGGAAUUGAACAUUUGGAGUGGGACAUAGAAAAGGUUCAGCAAUUGAUCCUCGAACACUUAAGAGAUAUUAUACCUAUUGUACCUGAACCUGCAAGCAUCAAGUGCCAGAGGUGGAGAUAUUCUCAGGUUACUAAAGCAUUCCUUGGCUGUCCAGGACAAAUAACUCUUCAUACCAAACCGUUCCUUCUGUGCGGCGGCGAUGGAUUUAUUCAUUCCAACUUUGAUGGUUGUAUAGAGUCAGCCAUGAGUAUUGUGGAGGCUUUAAAGUCCAGUUUGUAGGAUUUUCAUUGGGCUUCUUUUCCAACAUCAGUUCAUAUCGAUGAUGAAUUAUACAAUGAUAUACUAAAACUCAGUAUAUUUGACCCACAUGUCCUCUGUUUUAAG